GAUUUCGCACAGGGAGGAAAGUCUGUUUACAGCAGAAAUCUCACCUAGGCCACUGACAAGUUUGAACACAUUUACUGUCCUAUCAAAUCUGUCCAGCAUCGCAUUCGGGUAUUUGGACCUGGAAAGAGCUCUCAGGGUAUGGAAUAUGGCAGCACCUGAAACGCAGCUUAUGUUAAGCGUCGGAUUAAUUGAGAAAGAUGUGAAUGGAGAUGCACUGUGGGUGUGGUGCUAUCCCUCUGUGAGCUCAGACCUGAGGCAAGUCCUGCUCAGCAAGUGCUGUCUCACGCAGGGUGGCCGGGAUUUCCACACCUUUGUGUUUGGCCAGUUCUGUCGUACCUGGUACUACAUUACCACGGUGGAGGUGCAGGAACCUACAGCACUAAACAAGGUCACUCAUUUUUCAGUAGUUGUUACAGCGAAAGACUUCAACCCUGAGAAGUAUGCUGCACUCAGCAGAAUACUCUGCAGGAUGUACAUCAAACAUGGUAGUCCCGUGAAAAUGAUGGAGGCUUAUGUCACCGUCCUCACUAAAGGAAUUUGCCAGAGUGAUGAAAAUGGCUCAUUUCUAAUUAAGGACUAUGAUGUACGGAAAGCGUACUUGGCUGGAUCAGUCAAAGACGUGGUGUCUCAGUUUGGCAUGGAGACCAUCAUCCUGUACACCGCUCUCAUGCUGAAGAAGAGGAUCAUUGUCCAUCACCCUCGGAUUGAAGCCUUAUUGGAGUUUACACGAGUGCUGCCUACUCUGACAUGGCACAGGAAAGACUGGUCCAUCCUGCACCCGUAUGUGCACCUGACUGAUAUUGAAGUAGAGGAUCUCAAGAAAUGUCCAGGAUAUGUUGCAGGAUGUGUAGAUCCGGAAGUGAGCAACAGAUUGGACUUGUUUGAUGUGUAUGUGAACCUCCCAGACAGUGUCAUCACAAUAUCCCAGGGUGCCAAAGAGGCCAUGGCUAUGGGGAAGUUCCACAAGGACAUUGGCAACCUUAUUGUCCAGUCUGCCGAGGAUGCUGAGAGGUCAGAUAGUCAGGUGAUUAAGGACAUUUCUGUCAAGACAAAAGAGAUCCUUGCCAACUUGGUGGCUCUGGCUGAUGAGUGCGAAGACUCUAAAAUCUCUUUGGAAGGUUUAAAGCAGCAUCAUUUCCCUCCGGCGACAGAGAACUUCCUCUUUCAUUUGGCAGCUGCCGAACAGCUCCUACGAAUAUGAGCCUGUUUUCAGACACUUUAGCGCAGGAUGUCAACAGCAUGGACUCUGGCUGUGCUGUUUUGUCGAUUUUGGAAUAAUUACUGUUUUCUGAGAGGUUUGUGCACACUCGCAGUUAUCAUGAGGGCAUGCACAAGGCACUCUCUCACAGUAAUCUCCACGUGAGGUAGCAAAGGUAGGUUUAACUAGCAUCAGUUUUUAUCGUCCACGGCUGUGCUAAUAUGUGACGCAUCUUGUAUCCAUACCAGGAUGUUUUACGUCAUAGAAUUAAAGGAUACGAUUGGCAAUGUUUCAUUUUUUUCAAUCCAAUGAAAAGACCAAAAGCAGUGUUGAGCUGACUGUACUAAAUACUGUCUAUGUAUCCAAAGCCUGAGACAUCUUAUUCUUUGUGCUUCAUUUUUGUCAAAACCUAUUAAAAAGUCAUCAGUGAGCCACAUUGUUGCACCUAAGCAUUUGAUUCAGUCCUGCUUCCAUAAAUAGCCAACACAGAACCAAAUUUGUAUUAAAGCUGAAAAUAGUCCCCAACAAAUGCACUCUUUACUCCUCUGUGAGUGAUGUUUGUUAGAAAUGACAGCGCCCAGAUAUUAUAUGAAGGUACUUUACCUUUAAAAAGACAUGAAACGACAUAUUUGUGACUCCUUUUUUAAGGAAUUAUGUCUUCAGAAGAAACCAGUAGCCUUGGAGCUAAGUGCCACAGAUAAUAGGAAAGUAUUUAAAGAUGGACUGUCCAUUUUGGUCUUUUCACAGGGUUUGGUGAGAGUAAGAAAAAUGCUAAGCUUAUCCUUUAACAUUGUAGUUAUGGACAAAAGGCACUUGGAUUUGUCUCUAAAAUCGUAAAAUGGAGACAAAUAAGCUGAAACUUUUUCAGCUGGUACAUCUAAUAAUGCUCUCCAGGUGUUAGCUCCCACUCCACAGUGCACAGCUGCACUUACAAACAUCAAAAACAUCUUGGGUGCUUACUGUGAUGAGCCAAUCUCGUAUAUAUAGAAAUACAGCACAGCAGCUGAAAUGGCUCAGAUGAAACAAGCACUUGCUAGUAUUAAUGAGUUAGUUGAUAGAAACAUUGCACAAUGUUGGUUUAUUGACAUUUCUUUUAACAAUGUCACGGUUUGUAUUUUACUAAUGAUUUUAAUGCUGCACACAACUGAAAUACAAGCAACCUUUGUUAUGAUGAGGCUUUUUCAAAAAGUGUUUUACAGAAAAAAUGAUAUAGAAAGAGCCGUUCCUCAUCAUUCUGCAGCUGAUCACAUGAUUGGUGCUUCCAUGUUCACAUUGAUUUAUACUGCAUCGUGUGUGUUACUGUUCAGGUUUUACUUUUUUUUUUUUUUUUUUUUACUGAUGUUGAUGAUAUAUUUAGCGCUGUUGUUUGAAAGUUGAGGACAUUUUCAACCACAUUUCCAAAAGGACGAUUUUGUGCCUCAGUAUUUCAGAAAAGACACAGAGUGCAAUACAUAGAUAUGUUCAUGUAACUUUGAAAACUAAAUGUAUUUUCAUGAACUGAUGUAAUAUUUCCAAUCUAUAAAUACACCUAAUAUUCCAACUAAAUAA